AUGAAACACCAGUCAUUUAGGCCACAGGCAACCGCAGGCGGGCAGCGAUGGCCCCGUGAGACGGCGGGCAGCCGGGCCGGGCCCGCGUUCCGGCCGCUCCCUACGUGUGGGGCCGCCGCACGCAGCUGUGUCAUCGCGGUCUUUUUGUCUUUGUCCCCAGUAACGGGAAUGAGCCCUCUGUCACCGUAUUUGAGCUUGGACCCCAAGUACCUCGUACAGGAUACAGAUGAGUUUAUCCUACCCACAGGAGCCAACAAAACUCGGGGCAGAUUUGAGCUAGCCUUUUUCACCAUUGGAGGAUGUUGUAUGACAGGGGCAGCAUUUGGUGCGCUGAAUGGCUUGCGACUUGGCUUGAAGGAGACUCAGAACAUGGCAUGGUCAAAACCUAGAAAUGUACAAAUUCUAAAUAUGGUGACAAGGCAAGGAGCAUUAUGGGCUAACACUCUGGGAUCUCUGGCUCUGCUGUACAGUGCUUUUGGAGUCAUCAUUGAAAAAACACGAGGUGCAGAAGAUGACCUGAAUACCAUAGCUGCUGGAACCUUGACAGGAAUGCUAUACAAAAGCACUGGUGGAGUGCGUGGGAUAGCACGAGGGGGCAUUGCAGGUCUGACUCUCACUGGCCUCUACGCUCUGUAUAACAACUGGGAGCACAUGAAGGGCUCCAUUGCCCGGCAGUCCCUCUGAGCAGGGCAGCCAGCGCCGGGCAGAGGACACGCUUGCGCAGUCACCAAUCCAGUCACUGCGAGAUCUGUCUGGUGCCCCUUCCUAUUCUAUUUACAAUUAGUGAGAAACUGAAGGAAGCUGUGCUGGGAGGAACCUCUUGCUGCCGUUUGGCUGGAUUGGCCCUUUCCUUCCUGCCAGCCUUGUUGGAGGCACUGAUAGUUGUUGGACCUGCAAGUGAGCGGAGCGGCCACCACGACAGUCUCCCUGACACGCUCACCAGCCAGCCCUGGGCCAAAGCCACUCAGCCUGCUUGAGUCCCAUCACUGCACCAGCUGUGCUGCCAGGUCUGGUCAGAUGAGUGCUGCUGCUGCACAAUAAAGGCUCUGUCCAUAGAGCCCUUCACUGAAGUCUGUCAACAGCAUCUGGGCAGCCAGAGCAGGUGGGAGCCUCCAGCAGCAACUGGCACAGGGCAGGGCUUGUUGCUCUUACAGCUCAGGGUAAGCUGUUAAAAGGGAUAUUGUAAUUAAUAAAAAGGGUGGUACUUAUGCAACCUUUUCUAUGGUUUGCUGUUCCUGCUACUGUUGAGACAAAGACGUCCUGCAUCCAGUGAUUUGCAUUUACAGUUGAGCUUUGAAGGCCCAUUGUGAUAGAGUCAUGAGGCAGUUGGGUGAGGGGAAGUGAUGGAUGGCUGAUUGUCCCCUGAUGCGUGGUGACAGCAAGGCACGCUGGGCAGGGGCUGGUGCCACUCCCUGACUUGUAACAAACACAGAAGUUGUGUAUGGAUGGAGGGCAGUAACCAAUUACUAUUGCAAGACAGCUGUCAUUGGGUUAUAAGCACCUUGGUGCUCCAGGACCUUACAGCUCGCUCAGCCAGCCAUUAGAAACCAAGCAAUACAAGUACUUCUCUUGCUUGCUCUUACUGGUUUUUUAAUAAUUCAGUUUCUCUUCCCAAUCCCCAAAUAGUUCUUAUAGGUUACUGGUGAAACAGAGAUGUGAUGAAUCUACGCCUUUACCAGCAUUGAAGUGAAACCGUGAAAUGGUUUGUGAAAUGCUUGAUAGCAUUUUUUGUAGAUAAAUGGAACGGUAAAUUACAAAUCAGCAAUCAAGAUUACUGUUCAACAGCUCAUUCCUUAAGUUUGUAAUUAAGCAGGCCCAGGACAGGACAAAGGCAAGGGAAAAAAAACAACAACCAAGAGAGAUACUACUUAAUAAAUAACCUCCUGUAAAGCUUUUGAUAGUUAUCGUACACUGCACAAAAAUAGAGACAAAGUAGAAGAAGAAAGGUAGCAGUGCUUUUCUCUCUGUCAAGGAGCCUCUCUCCUGAAGGAGACUUCACAGUUGCACUCCAUUGACCUUGCUUGGCUGCCAGCUCAAAGCAGGUGCUUUCUGCCAGCAUUUAACUAGGUCUAACAUAAAGGAAAGAUAACCAUUUUUUUUUCAAUCUGCUUUGUAAAUGCUGUUUCUUGUUAAAGCUUAUUAUGUUCCACUUCAUUCAGAGCGGGUUGUGUAUUGGUGUUGUGGUAUGAGGGCUGGACCUUUUAGCACAUACUCUUUAGGUUUGCACCACUUAAGAAACUGUGUCCUGCUUCCAGCUGCAGAAAGGUGAGUUGGGCACCAGCUGUGCAGUGCUGAUGGUGGGACAUGGGAAAGGUGCAUGCAAUUUCAGAUGGAGCUGCUGGUUUCCUCCCCAUUGGUGUUGAGGGUUCUUCCCAGUCCAUAUUUUUUGGUCACCUUUAAUAGGAGUUGUACUUCUGCAUGCUCAGCAAGGAUUGUUGCCUGGAACUGCUUGCAUCAGAGCAGAGCUCUGCAAUAAGCUUUCUUUCUAAGGCUGUUAACAGCUGUGGUUCCUAACCUGCUUUUAUAUAGUGCGAUGCAUAGUUGAGCUAUGAAAUACAACCACAGCAGCAGCUAGCUCUGCAUGGGAUUUAGCUUGGAAUGCUGCAGUUUUCACAUGGAAAAAAAAUGGGAGCAGUGGCCAUCUAAUAGUAGCAGCAUGCACUAACACACACAUUCAUAUUUGGUGGCUCCAAGCUCUCCAAAGCAAAACUGCAUAAACUGUAAGGGAGGAUUAUAGAGAGCAUCUUUCUCAUGCUUUAUGUUGCUGCGGUCACCAGUAAAGUGUGAGCAGUGAGCAGAAAGGCAAACCCCACUUCAGCAUUCCCUAUCAGCAGAUGAGUUGUGGUAACAAGGGGGAAUUGGUUGAAAUUUCAUUAGUCACAAGGUAGCAACGUCAACUUCCUCAAUGAAGCAAAAGCUGCUUCUGAAAACACGUGGGGCUAUGUACGUCAGGACAGCAAAAGGAUCCAGGGCUCACAGGUUACGUUUCCUCUGACUUAACGUGGGACUGAGAAAGGACAGGGGGCAAUUCCAGUUUAGGUUUUAUCACAUUUUGCCUCUCUGCAUAGAGGUAGAGCUAGAAAAUUAGUAUGCUUUAAAUGAAGCUUUGUAUACUUGCAUAAUGGCCUGUGCUGCUGCACGCCAGACUCCACAGUGACAUGGGAGGUACCACAGCCAUUUUUAGUGCUCUGUCAUUAGCACUGGUAUUGCAUUCCACUCAGGCACCUCUUCCUGCUGUGUAAAUCCCCCUCUCCCUGCCCAGAUAUAGUGGCAUAGCAGGUACAAGCCCAACAACUGGGCAGCCUCACACCUCAUGAGCCCCAUGAGCAGCCCUGCUGUUGGGGUGCAUUGGCCCUUCACCAGGCUCAUGCUCUCCUGCUUGGGAUUGCCCAUGCCUUGCUUUCACCCAGUUCCUCAGUACAAGACAUCAGCCUAACCCCCUCAGCUCAAAGAAAACCUUUCUGACUGCUUGCAAAGCUAUCAAGUGUUAUCUGCACCUGCUAUUUUGUCUUCCUUUUGUACUUAGAAGAUCUGAAAUAAUUAUUUGUCCUUGUCUGUGAAAGCUUUAUGCUCAGGAUACAUCUCAGGAGUUCCACACGUGGCUGCUAAGGGAAGGUCUAGCCCAUUUAGGAAAAAAAGCUUAUGUGCACAUACACCCACAUAAGAAACUCCAGGUUGAAGGGCUGCCAGGCCCAGCUGCACGCCGUCACAGAAGAAUGCUCUUUGUGCCACUUAAAAGGAAUGGGAAAUCCUCAAAGGAGAAGCAAAAUAUGCAACAAGGAGAGCUCAAGAGCUAGAGAACCAGCUUUCAGUUGUGCAGGCAGACACAAUAUGGAUAUAGGACUGAAUCAUAUUAAAAACAAAAUUUCAUAAAUCCUUCAAUAUUAAAGACUUAAUAAGACUCAAAAGACACCAUUUUGUCUAAGCCUGUGUUUCUUACAGCUCCUGAAUAAAGGCCAGUGCUUUAGCCAUA